CUUACACUCAUCGCCACAUAUCGCUCCGACCCAACAUAGAAUUCUCCCACGCCAUUCUGCCGCUUUAGCUGAGCUCCGGACAAGUACUCUGCCUCCCCCCCAGCUCUUACUCGAAUUACUGUUACAAGGCCAUGGUUCAUAUAUUUUCCGUUUCUUUACUCGUCAUGUUGGCGGGUCUUGCUUCUGCAAGUUCUCCUCCGUCACAAGAAGUUAUGAAUCAGCCGGUACACACAAUGGAGGGUUGGUCAUGGUCCGAUUGUGGCUCCCCAACAGACGCCGUUCAGUUGAAAUCAAUAAGCCUCUCUCCCGACCCACCUAAGCCGGGCCAAGACCUGACAGUCACAGUUGUGGCGACUGCUCAACAACCAAUCGAGGAUGGAGCCUUCGCCGACGUUGUUGUGAAACUUGGGCUGAUCAAACUUCUCUCGAAGACGUUUGAUCUCUGUGAAGAAGCACGCAACGCAAACGCAUCUAUCCAGUGUCCAGUCAAAGAGGGUGAUUACACUGUAGUCGAGACGGUUGCAUUGCCAAAGGAGAUCCCUCAGGCCAAAUUCACUGUUGCUGUGAAAGGUUAUACCGCGGACGAGCUGGAUAUGCUGUGCUUGGAUCUUAAAGUCGAUUUCAUGAGGAAUCCCUUCCCAAGACUAGGGUGGUAGAUUGCAGCUACCUUCAUCUCACAGCGAUAGUCUACUACAAUAUGCUUAAACUGGAUUACGUAUACAGUCGUUUCAGUUUUUAUAAGGACGAUUCACAGAAUUAACGGGUUGGCAUAUGA